GUUGCUAUGCGUGAGCAAUGAAAAACAUAAAUAGCUGCGCGCGCGCUUGGCAACGCCCCCCUUGGCAACGAAUCAACAAGCCGAAAAGGUAUAUACCCGAGUGCACCCCUACCAAACCCCUCAUUCCCAAACUGGAGAUGGCGGCGUACGGUCGUAUUCUACUAUUUCUAAUCCGCAAUUUCUUUUCUCUCUUUCUAGCGCACCGCAUGGGUGUCUGGCGGCCCCGGCCAGCCUUGGCCUAUGACCCGGAUGUCGAAUCGGGCAUCCGGGAUGAUGACGAUGACGAUGACCUGGCAGAACUCGCAGUGGCCUAUUUCGAGCGGCUCAACGAGCUAGACCGCGCGUCAGUGGUUCACGAACCGAGAUCGCUAGCGGAACUCGCUUUCGCAGCGAUCCCGGUUACGGAACCACUCGACGAUUGGACCUCUAAUCAGAUGGAAACCUCGCCACCUAUCAGGACUGGAAAACCAAAUCUUUUUGGUAACACAGAGAUCAGUCGCUGCUUAUCGGAUUCAUACGGUCCUCGACGGGAGAUUGAAGGACGAGGUUCGGUUAAAGAUGUCGGAGGUGGAGCAGGAGGAGCAUGAAGAUGAUUUUUUUUUUGUUUAUAAUGAAUUGUAAUGUGCAUUUAUUGUAAUGAAAUAC